UCUUCAGGAAUUGUAGUUGUUGGCUUCUUCCACAUCAGCAUCAACUUCACCAUCCAAUUUUUCAAUACUUAAACAUCUAUUUCAUUUUUUUUAACAGCAUGCUGGUUUUUUUAUUGUUUGAUUCUUGAAAAUUCUGAAAUUUAAACUUGUUCUCGAGCUAAUGAAGCAAAUUUGACUUCUGGUGGGAAAAUGUGUUGUUUAGAUUUUAAAAGUAGGAAUCUUUUGGUGGGUUUUGUGGGUUUGAUCUCAUUUUCGUACUGUUCCUAUAGUUUUCAUGUCUCUCCAAUGCCAUGUAAUAAGUCAUUAAUCCAAUCAUGUCCUGCUUCAUUCUAUUAUGUUCCAGACACCAUUAGUAGCCCUCAAGAAACAGCUUCUUUGUUUCAUGUGAACGAUACUGCAGUUAAUAGGACUGUUGACGGUUUCUUGAUCAGGGUAAUUUGCAGCUGCCAAACUGGGUAUAAUGACUUCACUUGGCGCAUGGACUACUUGGUCCAGCCUGGGGAUUCAUGGAAGAGAAUUUCGUUGCAAUUUGGUUCAUUUGCGGUGGAAAAAACUCAAAAUAAAUUGAUUGCAGAACGAAUUAUAACUCUUGAUUUUCUAUGUGGUUGUUCUGAAAAUGCAUAUUUGCUUAGCUACAGGGUUAAAAUGGGAGAUACACUGUUUGCAAUUUGUUCUCGGUUUAAAUCUGAUUUAAAGAAGACUAUCAGCUUGAAUGGGCUGGAAAAUCCAGACCUCAUCCAUGAUGGUGAUAUUCUAUUUAUACCAGAACCAGUGGGGGGCCUUCAAAACCUUACCAUACUUGAAGUGGACAGUAAAGAUGCAGAAGCCAAAAAAGCGCCAAAAUCUCGAAUUCAUAUUUUGGUUGCAGGCAUAUCUGCUGCUGCUAUUAUCAUACUGCUAGCAGUCGUCCUUGUAUCCUGGAAAAGAUUUAGGGGGAAAAGAGCACAACAAUCGAAAGCUCUUCCGCAGAGAACAGAUUGCUUGGACUGUAAUCAGGAUGCAUGCCCUUGUCCUGGAAAAUCUGAAAAAAGCACAGCUUCCUCAUUGAACUCAGAUAAAGCUACUGUUUUCCCUUACAAUGAAAUUCUUGAUGCAACUUCCAACUUCAGUGUAACUUUAAAGGUUGGCCAAGGAUCAUAUGGAUCAGUUUACCAUGGAAAAUUAAGAGGAAUGGAUGUUGCCAUCAAGCAGAUGAAAGAUACAAAGUCAAAGGAGUUCUUGUCAGAGCUAAACAUUCUCUGCAGAGUUCAUCACACAAAUUUGAUUGAGCUUAUCGGAUAUGCUGCUGGUGGAGACUCAUUGUUUUUAAUAUAUGAAUUUGCCCAAAAUGGUGCAUUGAGUGAUCAUCUACAUAUCCCCACUUCAAGAGGUCAUAACCCUCUUUCUUGGAUUACCCGCGUCCAGAUUGCUCUUGAUGCCGCUAAAGGGCUUGAGUAUAUACAUGAACACACAAAACCAUAUUAUGUCCAUCGAGAUGUGAAAACAAGCAAUAUUCUUUUAAAUUCCAAUUUUCGAGCAAAGAUCGCAGAUUUUGGACUGGUAAAGUUGCUAGAGCAUUCUUCGGAUAUACGAGCAGCAGCAUCUAGAAUUGUUGGCACAUUUGGUUAUCUCGCACCUGAGUAUGUUCGAGAUGGAUUUGUGACCACAAAGAGUGAUGUCUAUUCAUUUGGAGUUGUUCUUAUGGAACUACUUACUGGCCAACCGGCAAUAAGUAAGGAUGCAAGUCAUGGAAGUGUUGAACACAACGAACAUCGUUCUUUAGUGCAAUAUAUGCUGUCAUCAUUAAAUGAUACCAAGGAUCCUUUUACCCAGAUAGAGAAAUGCAUUGACCCAAAUCUGACUUGCUUCCACCAAGAUUCACUCUGCCAGAUGGCUCUCUUGUCCAAAGACUGUGUUGAUGAUAAUUGGAACCGACGUCCUGAUAUGAGUAUAGUUGUGCUACGCCUUUCACACAUCCUGUUGGACUCCAGAGCUUGGGAUGAACAGCAAAACAAGCAUCUCACGGGCUAAAGUUAUGCCAACCAUAGUUCAUAAAUGAAGGUACUCAACUGUAGUUUUUAAAUGCUUUUGGAAUUCCUGUUAAACUGAAAUUAUUUCAUUAGAAAGCUUUUACAGCAAUCAUGUAUGUGUUUAGUAAAUGAUGAAGUAUGACAUUUGAAAAUUAGUUUGGUAUUAAUAGCAUAUAAAGAGAGGGUAAUCUUCUUUGAA